GAACACGAUUUCGAACGCACGGCGAGAUUCUUCGUCGUCGGCGCGGCGCUGCACGGACCGUUCUUUCACGUGGCGUUUCGCGCGCUCGAGCGCGCGAUGGGGGCGUCGACGAACGCGGCGACGGUGGCGAGGAAAGUCGCCGUCGGACACACGGUGCUGUUCCCGACGUACACGGCUGGGUUUUUCUUCUUCAUGAGCGCGCUGGAGGGGGAGACGAUGACGGCGGCGUACGAUAGGUUUAGGGAUAAGGCGGCGGAGACGUUCAUCAGCGGCACGUGCUAUUGGCCGUUCGCGAACGCGUUCAAUUUCGCGUACGUGCCGCGAGCGGGGAGGAUUUUGUUUCUCAACGCCGCGGGCGUCGCGUGGAACGCGUACAUGAGCCACGUC